ACAAUGGUCCGUCAAGUUGUAUCAGUCCAAUGAACAAAUACAUUUAUUAUUUAAGAAUUUAAGAAUCUACCAGCAAACACCACAAUCAAACAAUAAUCUAGACUAGAUGCUAUCGUCCAGUGUAUGCUAAUCUCUAAUGGAAGGCUUCGAUGCGAUCUACUACGAGAAUGAGGAAGAAAACUCAGCUGAAGAUGUUGAGCAUGCUGAAGUCACACUGGUGCCAGAUCCAGUUAUCAUUCGAGGAGCUGGGAACAUGACUGUAUUUGGAUUGAGUAAUAGGUUCUGUGUGGAAUUUCCCAGUGGUUUGGUGUCCAGAGUAGCACCAGAAGAGUUUAAAGAAACUGUGCUGAGAAUCAACAGUGUACUCAAGAAGACUUUACCUGUGAAUGUAAAAUGGUUGUUCUGUGGAUGUUUAUGCUGUUGCUGUACACUUGGGUGCUCCUUAUGGCCAGUUAUCUGCCUUAGCAAAAGGACACAGCAUUCAUUAAACAAAUUACUGGAAUGGGAGAACAGUUAUUUGUAUCACAAGCUUGGUCUGCAUUGGCGUUUAUCCAAACAGCAUUGUGAUUCGUCCUCGAUGAUGGAAUAUGUGAUACUGAUUGAGUUUUUGCCCAAAAUACCAAUUUACAGGCCCGACUAGCAUUCUGGCAGUGCAAUGCAGUCAGUAACUAUACACCUAACACACCUACUAUUAACUUUAUUUAAUUAUUUAUAACAAUAUGCGAAUUACGCGGUGAUGUUCGCCUGCUCGUCCAACCAUACAUAGUAAUUAUUCUUGUUUUGUUAACAGAGCAGAAACUCAGAUGAAAAUGUACAUAUUUAACGCGUGGGGGCGGCGAUGAUUGUUUGUUGUGCCAAGAGUGGUAGGUCUUUAACGAAUCACGGAAUCGAAUAAUUGUGUACAUUAACUAUACCCAGCUUAAUUUAAACUUAAUUUUCAAUUUAAGCAUGAUGAAGAUGAAUUUGUACAUAAAGUAAAUGUGAUAUUAUUAUCAAAUUCUAUAGCGAUUAACGUUUUAUCUAAUAUUCAUUAAGUGAACACGCUGAAAUUGUAACGGUACCAGUUAGUAGGGGGGAAUUUUAUCACUCAGCAGGGAUUAGAUAAGCAAAUGCAAGCAAACACCAAAAUUAUUGGCGAAUUAUUACAGAUAAGUGACUUUUAAGCUUGAUUUUGUGAAAAGUUUGGUUAUGUUGCGGAUAUUUUGAUAAAACUUGCAAGUUUUUCAUGAAAUACUAUCUAAAAAUGUUGGAAAAUGUCACAAAUGUUGCAGUUUGCUGUAAAUUCCACACAAAAUAACAUUUCCGAGUCAAUUAUUCAUUAUUAUGUUAAAUAAUUUCAGAAAACCGUUUGCAUAUCGCUGGAAUUUACAUUUCCCAACAAUUUCAAAAAAUUAUAUUACGUGUGGUACAUUACAAAGCGUGUAGAUUAAUGACGACAGCUUUAACCUUAACAAAAGUUGAUAAAAAGUUUAAUUGUUUACAUAUUACUCGAAUAUUAUUAUGUUUCGCGGAUGGGAGUUGUAGCCAAACGGAGUGUAAUUAUUUAUCGAUCGAUAAAAGACGUAAUCUUAUGUUAUAGUAUUAAGUUUAUUUAAUCUCGUUAACGUUUUGGAAUUUCGGUUGCGCAGAGUAAGUGUACAAUAAAAGUUAGCGUAACAUUUA